AUGGGUAAAACCGUACCAGGUGUGCUGAUGCUCUUCUUAGUCAUCCUGAAAACAGCAGAAGCUGCUCGUGACUGCCACUGUUCAGCCACUUACUGCCACUGCAGCGGUCGGAGCCUCACCAAUGUUCCACAGGACCUGCCGGCAACUAUCACAACCUUGGCUUUGAGUUGGAACCAUAUCACAGCAAUAAGUCAGUCUGAUUUCUCAAGAUAUAGCCGGUUAACAAGUCUAUCUCUAGACGGAAAUCCCAUCUCCACAAUUAAUAACCAAGCAUUCUAUCACUUGUCAAACUUAGGUACCUUAGAUCUUUCCCUAAACCUUAUUAGAAACCUCAGAGUUGAUAUGUUCAGAGGGCUGGGAAACUUGCAGGACCUUACUCUAUUCAAUAAUGACAUCAGUGAUAUUGAGGCUGGAACUUUCAGACAAACACCACGACUGACAAUCUUGUACUUGUAUCAGAACAAGUUAACAAACCUCAGCUCUGACAUGUUCGCAGGGCUGGGAAACUUGCAGGACCUUAGGCUGUACAAUAAUGAGAUCAGUGAUAUUGAGGUUGGAACUUUUAAUCUAACAUCACAACUGACAACCUUGUACCUGUAUCAGAACAAGUUAACAAACCUCAGCUCUGACAUGUUCACAGGGCUUGAAAAGUUACAGGACCUUAGGCUGAACAAUAAUGACAUCAGUGACAUUCAGGCUGGAACUUUCAGUCAAACCCCACGCCUGAGAACCUUGUACCUGUAUCAUAACAAGUUAACAAGCUUCAGAUCUGACUUGUUCACAAGGCUGGGGAAUUUGGAGGACCUUAGGCUGUACAAUAAUUACAUCAGUGAUAUUGAGGCUGGAACUUUCAGUUCAACAUCACAACUGACAACCUUGCACCUGUAUCAGAACAAGUUAACUAAACUAAGAUCAGACAUGUUCGCAGGGCUGGGAAACUUGGAGGACCUACGGCUGUACAAUAAUGAGAUCAGUGAUAUUCAGGUUGGAACUUUCAAUCCAACCCCACAACUGAGGACCUUGUACCUGCGUAAUAACCGGUUAAAAAUCAUCAGAUCUGGCGUGUUCGCAGGGCUGGGAAACUUGUGGCACCUUACGGAAGCAGACAAUGGUCUGUACACGUGUACUGCAGCUAGUCUUGUUGGCUCCACAUCUGCUACACUAUCUGUAAAUCUAACUUUCGAAGAGCCAACCAUUGGAAAGUUUAAAAGGAGCACAAAUAACACAUUGACACCUGGUGAAACACUACACUUGCUGUGUGAAUCUUCAGGUUUCCCCACGCCAGACAUCAUAGUCAUUCUCCCUUCUGGUGUGAACGCAACAGUUGAGUCAGAUGGGAGGGUGACUGUGGAUAUCAAUGCCAACAUCAUCAUAAGAGACAUUACUGCAGAAGACGCUGGUCUGUACGUCUGUAUUGCAGCAAGUUCCAUUGGCUCCACAAAUGCCAUACUUAUUGUAAAAGUAACUUAUGAGGAACCAACCAUUGUAAGAUUUGAGCGAAAUAAUAACGUAUUUGAUCAGGAAAAACCUCCCCAUUUGUUCUGCAAAGCUUCAGGAAUCCCCACACCAGACAUCACAGUCAUCCUUCCAUCUGGACAGAAUGUUACUGCUGAGACAGGUGGGAGGGUGACUGAAGGGGAGAAUGGCACUGUAACUAUCCGGAAUGUUACAGCCAAAGACGAGGGUCUAUACGUCUGUACUGCUGUGAGUCCCGUUGGCUCAACAUUUUCAAUUUUUUCUGUUGUUGACCUUCAACAGACAUCUACAGUGUCUACUGCUCCCACUUUCUCCCUACCUGCCCUCAUUGGAGCUAUAUUUGGUUCAGUAGCCGGUACUGUCCUCAUUGGUGGCAUCAUUCUCACAAUCUGGUGUAAGAGAAACAACAGGAGUCCUCCCAAUGGUCCAGACUUCAGCGUUGUUUUUAACAAUACAAACACCACAACUACUGUCAUAACCAAUAGUAAGACAGGGCAUCUACAGACUAUGAGUGAUUCCUCGAAUGACAGAAACUCCCAACAUGUCUCACGGCCAGCUUCCUCCCAGUUCGAGCCUUACGAAGAUGUGUUACCCCGUUCAAGUGACCCCAGACCAAGAGCUGCAGUUCUGAGGCAAACCGCUACGAGGCAGGCCCUUAGACCACCCAAGAGAAACAAUGGUGAGCCUCCCCCAGUCCCUCCUCCCCGCACAGCUAGUGCUGGGUGUGAUAACGGUACUGUACCUGAAGACAACCAUGAAAGCUCACACCACUACCAACCUUUAAGAAAGCCAGAGAACAGCUCCUCCAGUGCAGGCGAUUCUCAACACCAUUACCAGUCUCUGCAGAGACCUCAACAGCCACACUGA